UCUUAUAUAUAUAUUGCUAUCAGUCUCUUGCUUCACCUUCAAAGCCCGCCAUAUGACUGGAAACUUUUGCAUGACUCGAGGAGCAGCCAAAGAAGGUUUGUGCAAGAUAGUUUCCCUAGUAGCUGAAACCAAUUGUUGCUGAAGUGGGUUUCAGAACUGAAAGGACCACUUUCUUUUGUCUUGAACAUGGGAAAGCACUUGGGGGACAACAUCUCCGGAUUUCAAUUUGGGGAAAGUCAUCCAAGCUGCAUGUGGGGCAUACUCCAUAUUCUUGACUACCACCGUUGGCACAAUGUCAAAAAGAUACUUCCACACAAAAAGCAAAGAGGAAGGCAAACCAGAAGUAAAAAAAGUCCAAGAAAAAUAAUAAAUACGCGCGAUAUUGAAGUACAGGGAUUUGUAGCUUCUGAAGCAGAACCCUUCCCGAUUGAGCAGCGUGGUACAAAAAUUAGCCCCACCAACAACAAAAGAUCAGGGAAAGCUCCUAUCAAAGAAUUAAUUGCUAAAGAGAUGUCUAAGGAAGAUAACCGCAGAUACAGGAAUUUAAGCUUUGCUGCACGAUCAUGGUUGCGGCGAAUUUUUCCGAUCCAUCACUUAGAGCCUUCAGACAAUUCUCUUGAUGAAAUACACAUUGAUGGGAAAAAUACAAUUGGUCUCCUUCCACAUAGUGCUGACAUUUCUGCUACCAGAUUCCAGUAUUCAUCUCCUCCAAAGACCCCAGAGGAGCUAGUUACAUGCAAUAAAAAGUUCACAGAGCACAGUACCUUAAAUGAUGUUGACUACUUGGGGCAUAAGCAGUUGGCUGUGAGGCAUGCACAUUUUCCUGAAAAAUAUGAUGAAAGAAUGCAAACCUCGGCAAACCAAAAGCUGAUGGAAUCUAAUCAGCCCAGCAGAGACAUUUCCAAUAACCAGUUUAACGAGUAUUUUGAUGUUCUGGAGAUACUCAAGGUUAACCAGGAAUCAUUUAUCAAGAUUCUACAAGAAACAAACAUUGGUAUGAAGCACUUGAGUCUGCAGACUUCCAAUACCAAAGCAAGAUUAACCAAGUCUGGAUCAUUUCCUGUAGCCAAUCCAUCAUCAACAAAAAAUAUUAGGCCUAGUACACUCAAGCACAAGCAAAAUGAAAGUAGGUAUUUUCCAAGAGGAGAAAAAUUUCUUGCUGCUUCUUUAGAAUCACAGUCUGGUGCAUCCAAGUCUCAGAAGGAAUAUCAAUUGCAGUCAAUACUGUUUAUGGCUGACAAUAAUAGUGCAGUCAGUGCCAUAAGACAAGAAACAGACCUUUCUUCUUUAGAAUCAUCACAGGGCUUAAGUAACCAAGGGUGGAAUCAACGGGUUAUUAAUCGUUUCAAAGAAAUUAAGCAGAAAAUAAUGCAUGCACUUAAGGAGAAUAGAAAAGAAAGUAACCACUCAUUUAUGGAAGCACUCCUUGAAAGUGCUCCUUCUGGAUGUCAGAUUUCCAGUGAUGGAAAACAAAGUUCAGAGAUUUCCACGCACCAAGAUGGUAUAGACAACCCUAGAAGUUAUGAGGCUAAUGGUCCUGCUUUUGAUCCCAGCAGGGGAAGACUAGACCACAUGCGAAGAACAUCCUCUCUGAAUGAGUCUCUCAAUAGAUACACUGAGUUGUUUGAGCGUAGUUUUGGCAGAGAGGCCAAGUGGCAUCACUCUAAGAGCCUAAAAUUGACAAAUGAAGUUAAGGUUCCAUCAAGCGGGCAUCCUCCAAAGUCAUUCAUAAGGGGACUUUCUUUGCCUGAUCUUGAUUCUUUGUGUACCUUUCUAAAUGAGGCAUCUGGUAAUGCUCAAACUUUAGUGAUGCCAGGAAGGACUAUUGCAGAUUGCAGUACAAUGGCUGAAAGUAAAAAUCAUAGUGAACCAAAGUCAGUCAGCACUUCACUUGAAGCACAUACAUCUAAACCAUUACAUGAUGCCGCAGAGAGUAAAUUUCUGAAAGAUGUGAUUGGAGUAAGUGACAGCAGUUGGAAUAUCAAAUCUUCGGCUGAUUUAAUUGCAGGGAAAAAUUAUGAGGGAAUAAAUGAGAUUGAUGAUCCUAGCGAGUUAGCAACUGAGGAAAGCAGUCUUCACCAAGAUCAGAAGAUUGGUUUGACAAUGAACCUCAGCAGUGAGCUUGCACAUCCUUGUACAGAGCUGAGAGAACCGGGUCUAGUUUCGGAUCUAAAAACUAUCUUUCCAGAUGAUAAAAACAGCAUUCCAGAGCCUCCAAUGUAUGAAGGUCCAGGGUUAAAUCCUAGGAGCGCUCAAACAGAUGAGACAUAUACUUCUGUUGACCAAAAAAUCAGGCCCAUCACAGAUUCUUCACCAACCUUCUGCAGCUCAGUAAACCCUGAGGAUACUGAAAAUGCAAAUAACAAUGUUGACAAUCACUUCCUACACAUUGAUUUGGAUAAAAUGGAUGAGGCUGACUUCAACUAUGUGAGAGACGUUCUUGAGCUGUCAGGCUUCAUCAAUAAUGAGUGCCUUGGAGGAUGGUACUCACUAGACCAGCCACUAGAUCCUUCUUUGUUCAAGGAAUUGGAGAAUUGCUUACACCCUGAACUUGAAAGCUAUGGAGAGAAUGUUAGUGGCAAUUGUGAUCACCAGCUUCUAUAUGAUUUAAUAAAUGACACACUUCUUGAGAUCUAUGAGAGAUCAUUCACCUACUUCCCAAGAUCCUUCUCCUUUAAUUGCCACAUUCGUUCAAUGCCUAAAGGGAACUACCUUCUAGAGGAGGUUUGGGCAAAAGUUAGUUCGUACUUGAUCUUGAGGCCAGAGUUGGACCAGUCAUUGGAUGAUGUUGUGGCUCGAGACAUGGCAAAGGGUGAUGGUUGGAUGAACCUCCAAUUUGAUAAUGAGUGUGUGGCGCUUGAGCUAGAGGAAUUCAUUUUCGAUGAACUCUUGGAAGAAUUUAUGUGCUCUUGAGAUUGUUGAGGCAGUAGCAAGGUCUUUAACUUAGCUGUGGCCUUACACACAAUUUUGUUUGCAGUGCAUUGUAUAUACCUAAAUUUCUUCCAUUAAACCAGUGUUAGUGAAUGUGCUUGGUUUAUUUUAAGACUUCAUUCUAUUAGGUGAUGCUAUAAUUUAGUACAUGUUAUAAAAUGUUAAAGGAGACUAACCUAAUAGUGAUGACUUUAAAGUGAAGUAUAUAACAAUUCCCUUUUUUAUGUUUCA